AUGCAUCCAUGUCGGGACCUCCACCUCCACCUCGCCGUCUCGGCAACGGCGGUGCUCUUCUUCUCCGCCUCCGUCAUCCUCUCGGCCGUCCCUGCAGCCAGAGCCCAGCAGGAAACCGAGCACGAGGAAGAGUUCAGCUACUCGCCGGACGCGGAGAACGGGCCGGCGCACUGGGGCCAGAUCAAGGCGGAGUGGUCGGCGUGUGGCAACGGGGAGAUGCAGUCGCCCAUCGACCUCGCCGGGCCGCGUGUGACCCUGGUGCGCCGCCUCGGCCACCUCAACCACUCCUACGCCCCCGCCAACGCAUCCGUCGUCAACCGCGGCCACGACAUCAUGGUGCGGUUCGAGGGCGACGCCGGGAGCGUGUCCAUCGACGGCACGGCGUACCACCUCCGGCAGCUGCACUGGCACGCGCCCACGGAGCACAGCGUCAACGGCCGCCGGUACGACAUGGAGCUCCACAUGGUGCACCAGAGCGCCAAGAACAAGACCGCCGUCAUCGGCGUCUUCUACGAGAUCGGCGCCCGCGACGCCUUCCUGCACAAGCUGGAGCCAUACCUGGAGAUGAUCGCCAAGCAGCCGGAGAGGGAGGAGAAGGUGGGCGUGGUGGACGCCAGGGGUGCCAGGGGGAGGGCCAGCGUGUACUACCGCUACAUGGGCUCCCUCACCACCCCGCCAUGCACCCAAGGGGUCAUCUGGACCAUCGUCAAGCGGGUUCGUACCGUGUCGCGGCAUCAGCUUGAGCUUCUACGAGAGGCCGUCCACGACGAAAUGGAGAAGAACGCGAGGCCGCGUCAGGAGGUGAACAGCAGAGACAUCAGCAUGUUCUGGCCCAUCCAGCAGAAUAAACACUGA